AUGCCCCAAGACAAGACUCUUGGUCUGUCAACUCCUUCAGUAGCUCCCUUUAGCGGCGAAGAUGAUAAAUCUCUUCUGAAAGAAGAACUUAAGCCUAGUGUUUCAAUUUCAAAAGUAGUAGAAAGCUCAACAACACUUCACUCCGACAGCACUAUUAUCAAAUCAGUUGGUAUAAUUAAGCCAUCAGAUCCUUUCUCAAGUUUCCAAGGUGACAAAAUUGGGGAUAAAUCUCCUCUUAAAGAAGCAGACAAACCGAAGCCCAUUGACGUUAAGGAUGACAAAGCCCCUACUAAACUGGACGACAAACCAAAGUCUUCUCUUGAUUCAAUAAAACCUAUUCAACAAGAAUACUCGGACGGUGAAAGCGAUGAAGAGUUUGGAAUUCCCAAGCCCCAAGACAUGACUGUUGGUCAGCCAACUCCAUCAGUAGCUCCCUUUAGCGCCGUUAGUGAAAAAUCUCCUCUAAAAGAAGCAGACAUACUGAAGCCAAUUGGCGCUAAGGAUGACAAAGCCCCUACUAAACUGGACGACAAACCAAAAUCACCUCUUGAUUGUAAACCUAUUCAACAAGAAUACUCGGACGAUGAAAGCGAU